AUGAUGAGUGACAUUAGUGACAAGAAACUUACCACCGUGAAGAACCGACCUACUAAGGGCCAAAUGAAAAUGCUGGUAGAAUUAUUAGGACUCAACCCGGCACUAAUGUCCGGGAAGUUCACUGCUACAUUCACUCAGAAGAUUGCCAAAAAAAUGUGGGAGGAAAUAGCUUGGGAACUAAACGCGUUACCAGGCGCUGAUAAACCUUGGGAUAAGUGGAAGAAGGCAUGGCAAGAUACAAAAAAUACGGCAAAAGCCAAGGCUUCUGCGAUAAAACGUCAUAGCCGUGGAACUGGAUACGGACCACCGUGUAACAUGAGCUUAACCGAAGUUCAAUCAGAUGCCAUAGCACACAUCACUGAGAUUGCUAUUACAGGGCAUAACAAUAGUCAAGAAUCAAUAGUUGAAUUCACAUUAGGUCACAGUACUACAAAAUGUGUAGAUAGUUCUCAAUUUGAUGAAAACAUAGAAAUUAUUAUGGAAGAUGAUUGUGAUACCCUCAAUUUUACCGAAAGUGAAGUUCCACAGAUUUUUGAAACUUCUGCAUAUGUACAACCAUAUCACAUUUUAACUAAUGAUCCAACUACCAUUGAAAUUUCAAAAUCUCCAAAACCUAUAGAGACCCAUUUUUACCAGUCACCAAAACGUAAAAGUACUCAAAAGCCUAGUAAGAAUUUAUAUGCAGUGAUUUAG